CUUUGACAUCCUCCAGCUGAUGGGAACAGGCCGUGCGACACUGAUUCCCACCACCCUGUCAGAUUAGUCCACUGAUAUUACUGCUGGAGAGCUUCAUGCUCGAGGCUCUCGGCAUCCAGUAAAAUAACGUGACAGAAUGACAGGGACAGAGACUAGACGCCCAAGGCAGCAGCGCGGACUUCGCUGACUCAGCGGAUUACACAAAUCACGCGCCAUCCGCUCAAGCUGCGGCUCCGUUACCUCAGGAGAUGGCUGACGCUGCAAAUUCAUGAUAAGCCCACUGGCUUUGGGUUAUAACUGUAAUUCUGUAGUGUAGAAUUCAGUCACGUUUGGCAGCAGCCAUUAGGGACUAACGUGCAUCGUGGCUGAUAGUGGGCUUUCCAAUCAGGGGUGCAUAUAUGGGCGGGGGCCCCAGCCGAAAGCUGAUUGGCCCCCAGAGCCAAAUUCAAAUCAUGUCAUUGGCUAAUGAUAAGGUUGGCCGCUUUGUAUGAAUUAUGGCACCUCUUAUACUGCCCAUCUUCAAAAAUCCGGUAAUCGCCCCUGUGUCCUAUAUGUCCGUGGCUCUCCUGGUUAUCCUGCUAUUUUCCUGCGAGUCAUCUCUGUCGUGAUUGUUAUAAAGUCUUGUAGCUCAUCAAGUAGAAUUCUGUGCUGGCAGUGUGAAGGUUGUGGGUUCAAAUCCCAAGGAGCAAGCACAAGUUGUAACCUUUCCCUCUGCUUUAAUUUGCUUUGGAUAAAAGUGUCAAGUUAAUGUAAAAAACUGUCACUACCCUGCCUCCUAAUAACCCAACAUAGUCUCACUCUCAUGUAUGACAGUAAUUCCAUUAGUUAGGGUUAAUUUGUUUUUAGCAAAUGUUUUCAUCCAAAGAAGGAGACAUCAUUUUAUGGGGGGGGGGAGCAGGGUCCAGUAAUCCCCACAGUAACUGAGGAUAAAGGGUCUUGCUGAGAGAUCUGAUGGUGAAAUCCCCCUGCUGUUUGCAGGACUUGAACCCACAACCUUCUGAUCACUAGCACUGUGUCCUAUUCCACUGAGUCAUCCCCUCUCCUUAGCUCCACUCUUAGCAGGUGUAAUUUCUCCAUGUUUAUUUGCAGCUUAUGACUGAAUCUAAUUUGAAUUAAUGUAGUCAGCGCUAACAGCGGCUUCCCAGUGACUCCGUAGCCAACAGUCAGGUAAGUGGGCAGAAAACGGCUUUGCCAGAUGCCCGGGCUGGAAGACAGGGGGGGCACCCGGGACCGGCGCUCAAUCCACGGACAGCAGAAGGCCAAUUACGCAGCUAAUGGGCUCAAGCGGAAGCCAGCUGCCCACUGUUCGUACACCGUCACGGCGCCCCUCGGUGGCUGUCAUUAGUACUGAUGGCGGCCACAUCUGCAUGGCAUUCGGGGGUCGCUGAAUUCCCCUGGCAGAAACGUCGGCUUGAGUGAGUACGGAUGCUUCUCAACUUACCAUGGCGUUACGCUCAGUAGAUAGCUACUGUCACUAAAUACGUAAAUAAAUAAAUACUGUAACUAAUUAAAUACCAGUAAUUGGAAAGUAAAUCAAUGAAUACAAGUUUAAUAGGGUAAACAGAAAAAAAGCACUUUAUAAUACGUUGUUAAACACUGUAUGAGAUAUUGAUGCUCGCAGUUGCUACGGAGACUGCAGUCGUGGAUGGGUGGAUACUGCCAUCGCCCAGCAUCAGCAGAAAGUAUCGUACAGCAUAUCGAUAGCCCAGGAACGGAUUCAAAUUCAAAGUUUGAUGACUACCGAAUGUGCGUCACUGUCGCACCGUCGUAAAAGCGAAGUAUCAGUCGUUCACAUGGACCACCGUUUCCAUAACGAUCGGCAGCAUUCUGUGUGUUCCUGGCACGAUGUGUGCAUUAAUGAGGAAGCCGGCUGACUUGUGGCUCUCUGGCAGAAGAAGACGGGUCAGCGUGUGGAUGGCAGCUGACGAGUGUAGCGCAGAAUCUUUACAAGCACAGCUGGUCAGCCUGGGCGUGAUCCCCACCCUGGUGAAGCUUCUCAGUGUCCAAUCCCACAAUGCAGCAGUGACAGAGAUGUGCCUGGUUGCCUUUACCAGUUUGGCGGAGCUGGAGUCGAGUAAGGAGCAGUUUGCUUCCACGGACAUCGCUGGGGAGCUGGUCAAGCUCCUCCAGAGGCAGGUGGAGCACGAGAAGAAGGAGAUGAUCUUGGAAGUCCUCGCCCCACUGGCAGAGAACGACCGAAUCAAGCUGCAGCUGGUGGAGGCUGGUUUGGUGGAGUGUUUGCUGGAGCUGGUGGAGCAGACAGUGGAUGGGGAGCUGGAGGAGGAUGCGGUCGAGCUGAAGACGGCCUCGGACCUCAUAGUGCAGCUGCUUCUAGGAGAUGAAUCCAUGCAGAAGCUGUUUGAGGGAGGUGCGGGUUGUGUGUUCCAGAAGGUUCUCUCAUGGGUGCCCUCCCACAGCCACCAGCUGCAACUGGCUGGGGCUCUGGCCAUCGCCAACUUCUCCCGUAACGAUGCAAACUGCAUCCUCAUGGUGGAAACGGGCAUCGUGCAGAAGCUACUGGCAUCGCUGGAGCGCCACGUCGUCGAUGGCAACGUCACCGUGCAGCACGCCGCCCUCAGCGCCGUGAGGAACCUCGCCAUCCCCGUGGUGAACAAGUCCAAAAUGCUGUCGAUGGGCACGGCGGACGUGGUGCUGAAGUUGUUGCCCUCGGAGAUGCCCGUGGUGCAGUUCAAGCUGCUGGGGGCACUGCGGAUGCUCAUAGAUACGCAGGCGCAGGCCGCGGAGCAACUGGGCACCAACCCCGUACUGGUGCAGCGGCUGCUGGAAUGGUGUGAUGCCAAGGACCACGCUGGGGUGAUGGGAGAGUCCAACCGGCUGCUCUCUGCCCUCAUCCGGCACAGCAAGUCAAAGGAUGUGGUCAGAACGAUCGUCCAGGGAGGCGGUGUGAAGCACUUGGUUGCCAUGUCGACGAACGAGCAUGUGAUCAUGCAGAACGAAUCCCUGGUGGCCCUUGGGGUAAUCGCAGCCCUGGACCUGGACGUGGCGGAGGGAGACUUUGAGAGAAGCGGCCUGGUGCAGGUUCUGCACAGGCUGCUGUCGGACGAGCACAGCGCCCCCGAGAUCCAGUACAACUCCAUGAUCCUUGUCUGUUCCAUCAUGGGUUCUGAGCCCCUGCAUCGAGCUGUGCGGAACCUGCCCUUCCUGGACCUGGUGGCCAAGCUGCGAGCGCAUGAGAACCAGACGGUGGCCCGGCAGGCGUCGCUGACGGAGCAGAGGCUGACGGUGCAGGGCUGAGGGACCUUCCGUCCACAGUCCUGCCUCAUCGCCAUAACGCCUCUGCAUGCCGACAUGAAACCUGAGCCCCAUCCGAGACGCCCUCACCAUCCUUCCAGCAAAACAGAACCAUUUUUUUCUACAUCGUCGCGACGGCGCCCCCUGUUGGCCUGGCUGCUCAUUGUCCCGUCAGUGACGUACCGGCAUUCAUCCUCAGAGGCCUGUGUGUUCACUCCACCCCCCACCCCCACAUAGAUGGGGCUAUUGCUGUGUGUUCACCCCACCUUCCCCCCCGGCUGUUUGAGAGAACAGGUGAUGGGUGCCCCCUGCUGGUCGUCCUCGAUAAAAAUUUCCCAAGAAAUUCCAAAUCAUAGUGUUUAGGACGCUGACUUGGUGCCGUGUUCAGUGCGUGGUGGAGGUCACAUGACAUAGUGCUGGAGCCAGCAUCCCUAUAGGAGCAGCUCAGCCACAGUGCUGAGCUCACACCACAGCACUCUACCGUACCCGCGUUUAGCACCUGGCUUCUGUGUAUCACUCCCUGCAGCACCCCUUCUCAUCACCAUGACCACCAGGAAAUCCUGUCCGGCCGCUCACUAAGCACAAGUAUGAUUGCCGUACAUUUCCGCUGGACUGAAAACGACGACCAAGAAAUGAUGCCGAUAUUAAAGCUAAUCGUGAACGAUCGUUUUUUGCUCUUUAAAUAGUGCUCCUUUAGAUGCUAGCUGAGCAAGAUGAAGCGCUCUGAUGGGGGAAAACCCUACUUAGAUCAGCACACGUUCACAUUUUUAAAUGCUUUGCUAGAACAGGUGCACCAUGGGAGAUUAGCUGUGUCCUUCAAAAGGUCUCUGGCCUCCACAGGUGGGUAG